AUGAAGUCUUUAGAGGAAACCAACAACAACAACAACAGCAGCAGCAGUGCGUCGCCUGCACAAACAAAGAGACAACGGGAAGAGACCUCCACACAUCCUCACAGUAAUCUUCACAGUAAUCCACAAGAAGAAAGAGAAGAAGAAAAACAACAGCAGGAGUCAUUAGAAGUACAGGAAGAUAAAAUGCCAAUAAUGACAAGAGAGGAAUCAUCUCUCGUAGAGUCGAAUACAGAAGUGAAGAGACAUUCACGUUUUGUGGAACUUCGCCGCCGUUUGGGAAAUGCAGAAGCCGUUGCCGCCUUUAUUGAAGAAAAUCAUGAAUCGCAUCUACGGGAUCCUAAACAAGUUAAUAAUUUCUUUCAAGCGAUGAGUAAUUGUCCAGAGGAACUCUUCUCUACUCUCUGUGAACAACAUAAACGUCAGGUGUAUCUUGUUUUAGAGCGGAUGUUUGAACUCUUUUCCACACGGAAAGUUCCCAUGUUACCAGCCGCACAUGAAUUUAUUAUUCGUUGUCUUCAGAAUGGUGUGCGAAAGGCAGAAUGGGCAGAGGAACUCUCCGCAAACAGUAAUACGAUUAAUCAUAAUCAUAAUAAUAAAGAUAGUGAAACUGCAACUGCAACUACUACUACUUCUACUACAUCUACUAGCGGAACAACAACAACAACAGCAACAGCAGCAACAUCUUCGUUAAUGAUGUUGUUAUCUCCACGUGAAUUAUUAAAGAAGAUUUCAGCAAUUGAUCCACGUGGUCGACUGGAGCGUAUGGUGGAAAUGUGCACAACAGUAAAUGAUUUGCUUACAUGUGCCCGUAAACUACAUUUAGCUGUCACGGGAGGAAAAACAAUAUCCAUACCAUCUUCCACAUCCUCAUCCUCAACAACAGGAGUAAAUAAUAAUAAUAAUAAUAAUAAUAAUAAUAAUAAUAAUAAUAAUAAUAAUAAUAA